CUGCAGUGUGGAUGAAAACAGCAGAACGAUGUUAAGGAAGUUCCCAUGUUUACUUCCAAAAAACUUUGAUUUUACAGAAUAUGAUGGAUAUAUUCAAAUUUUAGAUAAGGAAUACAGAAUGAACAUUAAAUUGCCUGAAGAUGGAAAACUGACAGAUGCAAAGUUAACAUAUGAAUGGAAACUUGAACAAAUUUUGAAAAAGUAUGACAAAAUAUUAAAGCAGAGAUUGGCACAGUGUGAGAAUCUUCCAGCUUUCUUGGAGGAGCUGAGAAGUAUUGCUGAGAAGCAAAUUAGUUCCCUAGAACAAAACAGAUCAGCUACUUAUAGUAACAACUGUGCUCAACUGAUUUCAGAACUGGAGAAAAUUGGCUGGGAGAGAGUAACCUCUGUUGAUGCAGAUUUUCAGUCAUUCCAGAUAAAGUACACUGAUGAAAAACAAAGACCGCAUCUCAUGAAAAUCAAACUUCAUUCCCAACAUCCAAGACAAGCACCUGCAGUUAUUGUAGACUUACCGGCUAAAUUUGAUGUAGUUUGGACAUCUUCCAGUACACUCUUAGAUUUAUUCAAUCAGUUCAUUCAUAAUGUUGAGCUUUACCAAGAUCUAUGGAAUAAUUUAGGUGAAUUAGACCAGAAAACAUGGGUUCUUGAACCAGAUAAUCCAACAUUUGCUGCCACCAAUAGAAGAAUAGCAAUCAGUGCAAGUGCUUCUGUUCAAAUAGCUGUGGACCCCAAACAUCCAUGUACUUUACCAGAAAUCAAAUUCAUGGGGUCAAAUCAGGCUACCAAUCCUUUGCGUGAAAAUAUGACAUCUAACCUUCAUUUAUGGAAUGAAAAUGAUAGCAUCCUUACAAAUUUGUCCACUGUGUUAAAUGUUGCAUUUCCUUCUCCAUCGGAUUCAAAGAAGGAGGAUUUCAGUGCAGAUUGUGGCAUCUGUUACUCAUACAGACUAGGAAUGGAGAUCCCUGAAGAAGUUUGUAAUGACUCUCGCUGUGGCCAGCCUUUCCAUCAGACAUGUUUAAUUGAGUGGUUGAGAGGACUGCCAUCUUGCAGACAGAGCUUCAACACUAUAUUUGGAGAGUGUCCCUACUGUGGGACUCCCAUAACAGUUAAAAUGUCCAUCAAGGUGUGAAAUUAGGUUUUUUCCAUAAAAUGUAAAAGUGUACAUAAUCAAAAUAUAUCUAUAUAUAAGUUUGAAUAGCAUUGUUUCUUCCAAAUAAAUAUUGAUAAACACAG